UUGUCAUGACGUGGACUGUCUGCCUCUACCGUCGCCUUGCAGUGAUCGAGACACAGCCGAGUAGCAGCAGCAGCAGUAGCAGGCAGGAGAGCCAACAAGUAAGCUUCCCACCGAGCCAAACACGAUUUACUCAGUCUGCUUAACAGCUCGUUUGUUGGUUACAAUGAGGUGGUGACACUGGGUCAGCCAGGCCGUGAGAUGAUUGCAGCUUGGCACGGAGAAAAGACGGAGCAGAGAGACUGAGAAAGAAGAAUGGGCAGGAGCGUUUGGGGUUGCUGGCAAGGCGUCUUCUCUACUGCAGUGCUCUACGGCUCUUUGGCCCUUUUUACCUCCAUCCUCCACAAUGUGUUCCUGCUUUACUAUGUGGAGACAUUUGUGUCCGUCUACAAGAUUGAUAAGGUCUCCUUCUGGGUGGGAGAGACGGUGUUCCUCAUAUGGAACAGCCUGAAUGACCCUCUCUUCGGCUGGCUGAGUGAUCGCGCCUUCCUCAGCUCUCCUCAGACAGGCUCUCAGAUCACAAAUCCAGAGGUGGUGCUAAAGCGCCUGAAGGCUCUCUCCACAAAUGGCCCUCUCUUCGCUCUGUCGUUCCUGGCCUUCUGGGUGGCGUGGGCCAGGCCAGGCCUGCAGUUCCUGCUGUGCCUGUGCCUGUAUGACGGUUUCCUCACGAUGGUGGACCUCCACCACAGCGCCCUGCUGGCUGACCUCGCCGUGUCCGCCACCGAUCGCACGCGCCUCAACUUUCACUGCUCGGUGUUCAGCGCUCUGGGCUCGUUCUCAGUUUUUCUCUCCUACUCCUUCUGGGACAAGGAGGAUUUCUACUCUUUCCGUUUCUUCUGUGUGACUCUGGCCACUUUUUCCAUCUUGGGCUUUUUCGUAGUGUCCAGGUUGCUACAGCAUCGAUUUCAAAAGGAAGUCCGUACAAGACAAGAUGAGGCUCUGACACUCAAAGAGCUUAGUGUUGGCCAUGCGCCACUUACCCAGCCAGAAAAACCUGUCACUAUCGGACAGUAUAUCAAGCAGCUCUCCAGACACAGGAACUUCAUGUGGUUUGUGUCAAUGAAUCUUGUUCAGGUGUUUCACUGCCACUUCAACAACAACUUCUUCCCUCUUUUCCUUGAACAUCUCCUCUCUGACAAUAUUUCUGCCUCUACGGGUUCUAUCUUGCUUGGGAUCUCUUACAUUGCCCCUCACCUGAACAACUUGUAUUUCCUGACACUGUGCCAGCGUUACGGGGUUUACCAGGUUAUCCGCUGGCUAUUUAUGCUCAAACUGGGACUUAGUGUGGUUAUGGCGCUGGCAGGGGCUGACCACAUUUAUCUGCUGUGCAUCUUCAUUGCUAGUAACCGAGUGUUUACAGAGGGGACGUGCAAGCUGCUGAAGCUGGUCAUUUCCGAUCUGGUGGACGAAGACUUUGUGGUCAACCGACGGCAGCAAGCCGCCUCUGCGCUCCUCUUCGGGAUGGUUGCCUUGUUGACCAAACCCGGUCAGACAUUUGCGCCGCUCAUCGGCACCUGGCUGCUCUGUGUUUACACAGGUUAUGAUAUUUUUGAGAGGGAACCUGUGAAGGACUCUCUGGUUUCUGUGCCUGACAUUGCCUCUGGCUCAGGGACUCCGCCUCUACGCCUGGGCUGCUUCUACAUGUUGGUGUUUGUGCCUAUCACCUGUGCCCUUCUGCAGCUGGCCGCCUGGUCUCGCUUCACACUUCACGGCCGUAAACUGCAGGGGAUCAAGACCCUGAGGCAAGGGGCCCAGCAUGGCCACCUUAUUGAUGUCAAGGCCAUAUGAACUGAAUAAAGCUGGGUGAAGCUGCACACAGACACUUUUAAAUAAUCAGUUUUACAGUCCCUUUGAUAAUAACUUUGGAGAUGAAGCAGAUAAGCACAGCCUGGUGUGAACCACUACACAACAAUGUGGUUUUGUGAAUGGUGAAAAAUGCACAGUGGGAUGAGAAAUCCCUCUGGAAGGAAAGGGAAACAUUUUAAAAAACGAAUAUUGCCUUAUUUUUUAUAUUAAAAUAUUGACCUAUAUUUAUAUUUGAACAGAUGACCAAAAGAUAAAGUAGAACCAAUCAAUUCUUUGGAUGUAGAAGGACCAAGGCGAAAAGUUUUCAUGGUGCAGGCCAAAGAUAGAGUGCCCUCUUCAAAAUGGUUUGUAAAGCAUAAUUCUGGCCUACAAUCUGAGUAACAUCAGGAGGUUUACCACAGAGCUACUGUUCUGAUUUUAAUGUUAUUAACAGGAUGAGGAAAAUUGAAUAAAAUUGCAUUAAUGUGUUCAGAGUGUUGUUGAUACUGCAUGGAUCCUGCACUUCAGAGCCGAUUAAUUAUUUUACUGUUUCUUUACAUUUACACAGAAUGCCCUGCCAGUCUGAUGUUGACAACUGUAUUUUCUGAUACGUCCAGUAUUGAUGAUGAUGAUGAUGAUGUUUUUGCACAAAACUGCCAUUUGUCUGUUGUACUUCUAACAUUCUGAUUGUGACAUACUUAAUGUAUUGUAGUAAUACAAAUUGGAAUAAGUAAUUUAUAUCAGUAACCAUAUUGACAGUUCAGUUUUGUAAUUUUUCAGAUUACACAAAGAAUGUGUGACAUUUCCACAAAUAAACCUCAUCUGUGUUGAAAGUCAGACAAACUCUGCUGUGCCAUGACACCUGUACAAGACGAACUGAAACGUUUCUAAACUGGGUCAUAAAACUGAAAUGUGAAACGUUUGGA